ACUGCAGAUCCCAGAAUGCCACGCGGUCUGUUUGCUCUUUUGUUGCCGGAAAACAAUUCAAAGAAUGGAGGCACAUCCCGAUCUUAAGAGGUUGGAAAAGGGAGAUGUAUCUCAGCAAGAGGAGUCGCAGGGAUCAGAUCUGGCUGUUGAGCGCUUUAUCAGUAGCUCUACGCCGGCAUCAAGGUUCCUGCAGGCGGAACUGGAACUGAAUGCAAGGUUACGGAUGAUGUCCUUUGGAAAACCAGUGCGAUACACGUACAACCCGCUGGAGUAUGCCUGGGACACGCAUCAAUGUUACGUGGAGACGUACUGUCGAGAAGGGCAGAGUAUUCUCUUUUUGGGAAUGAACCCAGGCCCUUUUGGCAUGGCACAAACAGGGGUUCCGUUCGGCGAGGUAAAAGCAGUUCGUAAUUGGUUGAAGAUCACUGGAAGGGUUGGACGUCCAGCUGACGAGCACCCCAAACGACGAAUCACGGGGCUGGACUGUACUCAGAGUGAAGUAAGCGGAGCGCGUUUCUGGGGCUUUUUCCAAGAGCUUUGCGGCGAGCCACAAAACUUCUUCCGUCACUGUUUUGUGCACAACUUGUGCCCUCUCAUCUUCAUGAAUGAAUCAGGCAAGAACCUAACGCCACCUGAACUGCCCGCCGGGGAGCGCGACGCUCUUUUAUCCUGUUGCGAUGGUGCCCUUUGUCAGGUUGUCGCUGCAUUGGGCGUUUCCAUGGUUAUUGGAGUGGGCAAAGUUUCUGAGCAGCGAGCUCGGCGGGCUCUGUCUGAAGCGGGUAUUAAGGUGAGAGUGGAGGGUAUUAUGCAUCCAUCACCAAGAAACCCACUGGCCAAUAAGGGUUGGGCAAACAUAGUCAGGACCAGGCUAGAGGAACUGGGACUUUUGAGUUUGCUCACUAAAUGACCAUUCUUACAUCAUAACAGCCAGGAGCAGUUGUUCGAAUUAUGUCAAAGAUUAUGGGGGUCCACUAGCUAAGCCCCACCCACCCAAGCCUCCCCUUAUUAUAGGGUCGCAGUGAUUUCACAAAGUAAGAUCUGAUCGUGAUUUAACAUUUUUGUUGGUCCUGGAUCAUUGUUUUAAUAAAAAAAAACGAAUUACCCCAAUAACUUCUUUAAAUUAGUAUAAAAUAAUACUUUCAGAAUCAUUUUUAAAAGGCCCUAACCCUAAAGAUUACUAAAUAUAAUAACUAAAGACAAAAACUAAAGAUUCUUACCAUCAACGAGAUGAAAAUAAUCCACAGGCAGAGACAUGGCUGUUUCCCGCAUUUGUAGGCUGCAUACGUCAUCAAGAAGACUGUCUUAUUUCAGAAUAUUAACAAUUAUAAAGUUAACUAUUAUUCUUAGUUAACCGUAAAUUGUUGUAAUAUGUUCAUGAUUUGCGAAUGUAAUGCUCUGUUAUUAUUGACGUCAAUUCCUCCAGAAACAGUUUACAUUUAUUUCAGACAGAAAUCUUUUGGAUUCGUUUAUUGCGAAAUUGGGACAAAUAAUGGACAGUAUCGCUUUGUGCCAGCGCAACACAAGACUUUUAAAUUAAUGUAGUUUUUUAAUUUGAAUAAAAACAAGGGGACCUCCCUAAUUGAUAUUUUUGUGCUUUAUAUAGGGUCCCUUAAUGCUUAUAGGAGGUCCGGGACCACCCCAGCCCCCCCUCAUAAUUUGAACACUGCCCAGGAGUACUUUUGAACUCUAAUAUAAUCAAUGUUGUACCAAGAAAUUGAUGUAAUUGUUGAUUUGUAUUUUACGUGUGUGUGCGUGCGUGUCAUUUUUAGAAGUGACAAUGCUUACAAAAUACAGCCGUGGAAAAAAUUAAAGGCGGGGUGCAUGUUCUCUGAAAGCCAAUGUUGACAUUUGAAAUCACCUAAACAAACACGCCCCUACCCCAAUAGAAUCUGGAUCUUCUUUUAAUAGAGCCACCCCACACAUACGCAACCCAGGCAACGAUACGGACUACCGGCACAUCCGGGAACUUGACUGUAAAUUUCGUCACUGCCCCUUUUUGGGGGAAAACAAACUAGACUUAUAGACUUCCAUACAAAAAAGCGGAACAAAGCAACGUUCGUACACAGCCGGCAGGCAUAAAUAACUUAAGAAAUCACUCAGAUUAAACAUGUUGAGUAAUUAUCUGUCCACCAUGCCUGCCAUAGAGCGCGAAAGAUACAUUAACAUUUAUGUAAUAACGCUAUCCUGUGAUUGCUGGAAUAUCACUAAGGCUAGUUAUAUGGCUGGACGGAAAAGUGCACUCAGUACUCUAAAUAUAAAGACAUAAUAUAUAAAUACGAAGUAACUUUCAAAUACAAAGUAAAAUCAUUCACUGGCUUCCCUGUUGACUCGAUGAGGUACGAGUAAAUGUCCGGGUAAGACACCUCUGGCCAAUGGGAAGCGUUGUUACACAAACUUAACGCUGUGAGAAUGAAAGAGACAUGUUUUUAUAAUGACCAAAUUAAAUGUGUUAAUGUAUCUUUUGCGCUCUAUGGCAGGCAGGGUGGACAGAUAAUUACUCAACAUGUUUAAUCUGAGUGAUUUCUUAAGUUAUUUACGCCUGCCGGGUGUGUACGAACGUUCCUUUGUUCCGCUAUUUUGUAUGGAAGUCAAUGGGAAGUCUAGUUUGUUUUCCCCCAAAAGUGGGCGUGAACCUGUUCAGAGACAUUCUAUGACGUUGCGCCGGUUGUGCGUAUGUCGGUUAGUAGACUUGCCCUACCAAGUUUGGACCAUGUUUUCCCUAUUUCAAUUUUCUGCAAAUAAAUGUACAGAAAAACAUUAUUUUUAUUAGGAACAUUAGAAAUGUUGUCGGUAGUUUGCAGAAUAAAACAAAAAUGAUCAACUUACUUAAACUACGGUAAAUAGAAAAUUUAAAAAACUGAAAAUAGUCUUGAAGUGGUCUCUUAAUUUUUUGUAUAUCUGUAUAUACACAGGAAAAUCCCCAGUGUUAAAUUAACUCUACCAGUGUUAAAUCAACACUAUUUGGUGUUUAUAUAAUCCACACUAAGAUCGGUGUUAAAAAAGACUGGUGUUAAAAAUAUAACUCUGAAUCAGUGUUAAAGUUAAUGAGAUAAUGAAGUGAUGAUUAAGACAUUAAUGGUGAACACCUGCUGGUCAUUCAAAUCAAUUACAUUUUGGACAUUUUCCUGUCUCUAAAUUUUUAUUUUGAUGACUCGUUUUCUGGAGAAAAUACUAAAAUAAUAAAGAAAGACAAAUUCUUAAAUGCAAUAAAUUAAUACUGUUGGGUGUAUGCCUCCAAAAGCUUUCACGCUUGCCUCUCUAUCAGCAUCUCUGUUUGAAAAUAAAAAGAUAACUUGCUGAGUUAUUUUCUAAUUGGAUAAGUUUAACUUCUAAACAGCUGUCAGAACAAAAUACAAGUGCUCAACUAUUCCAGCAUCCACACGCGUGAUUUAGUAGACAAAUCUUCUUUCUGACGCGAUGUCUCACAAGUCAAAGAGACAUUUAUCACAAAAUGUAUCACAUUAAAUCUUAAGUUUGUGUUUGUUAUGAGUUCAUUUGAAGUCACCAUUAUUGUGAUUUGUGUUUCCUUUAGUUAGGCAUUUGUCCCUUGACCUUCACUAAUCUAACUCUCCUCUUUAAGCAAUAGCAACAAUGUUUCAGUAAAACCACUUGUUCAUUGCUUCAUGUAAGGGGAGAACCUUCCAGACCUUCUCAGUUUAUUUAUAUUAUAUUCUACUCUACAAAUCAUUGAAACAUUUGAUCACAAAUUAAUUAUAAAGAAAGAGGCAUAUAGAAAAGCUCUGUACAAAUGACAUUGUAUUGAAUGAGACUGCUGUAAUGCUUUAGUGUUUUUUUGUUGUUGUUGUUGUUGUUGUUGUUUGCUUAAGAGAGACUUCAUGUUUUCUGAUACAAAUCUCAACAAUGGUGACAGUUAAUGGUAAGAAAGUUGCUUAAUUUUUGUCAUGUUGCAAUGCAUGAUGGGAUUUAUGAAUGAGUUUUCUACAAUCCUGGUACCCAGCAUGCAUUGCGGCAUGAAGCUUUGUAGUUGAUUGUCACCAUGAUUGUGUUUUAUAGGCUGAUUGUUGAUGUCUCAGUGUGUCUGACUUACACCACAGAUUAGAUUUGGGUAAACAUUAUUUAACUCUUCAGGGUAUGUGGACUUUCACAGCACUGUUGGAUUUCAUGGGAGCCUCACAGGGUUGGCAGAACAUAAAUUAAACACUUAUAUUUAGUGAUUACUUUUUUAUGAUAUCAUUGAAUCCCAAGACUUAUACUUUCAUACUAAUUAACAUAGUAUGAGUUAUAGACUUCACUUCUCUCAUCUUCCUCUGCUUUAACAGAUGUGUUUUAUAAACACACUGCCACAAUUAGCAGAAGAAAACUAACACCAAACUUCAAGACCCAGGUACCCAACUAAAGGAAACACUAAUCGGAGCAAUGGUGACUUACUUUAUUAACCAGAUUUACAGCAGUUCUUUAGAAGUUAAACCUAUCAUCCAUGUAACUCUGCAAGCAAGUUGUAAUUUUAGUUUUCAAACAGAGAUGAUGAUAGUGUUCAUUUAACUAUGGGGAUUUCAUCUAUUGCAUUUAAUAAUUUGGCUUUCUUCCUCAUUUUAUUACUUUCUCCAGAAAAAGAGUCAACAAAAUAAACAUUUUAAGACAGGAACAAUUCCAAAAUUGAGUUGAUUUGACACGGAAUGACCAGCAGGUGUUCACUAUUAAUGACUCAAUCACUUCAUUAUCCUAUUAACUUUAACACUGAUUUAGUGUUUUUUUAACACCAAUCUUGGUGUGGAUUAUAUAAACACCGAGCAGUGUUAAUUUAACACUGGGGAUUUUACUGUGUAUCUUUGUUUUUGAGCAUAUUUGAAUUUUUAUGUCCGAGUUGUAAAGAUGCACAAAUAUAUGGCAUAAUAUGUUAUGAAUUAGUGUGUUCCUGUAACUCAGUUGGUGGAGCUUUACGUGGCAAAGCAAAGGUUACCUGAGAUCAAAUAUACUGAAACAUUGUUUAGCUUUAGUUUGAAAUCAAAUUACUGUACAUUGGUUUGGAUGAAAGCAUCUGCCAAAUGCAUAAAGACAAAUCCAGAAAUAAUAUAAUUGUCAUAAACUAAAACAUUAUCAAAAUCCUGAAUGUAUGCAGGUCUUUACACAAAGACUUCUGAAGGUUGUUUGUGCAUCUUUGUUUACUAUGUGUUUAUUUCUAUGUUGUUGCCCCAAAUGUUGUAUAAAAUGUUUGAAUAAUGGCAAUAAAUUCUACCUCAUAUACAGUACAAUAAAUGAACAUUUUAUUUUUAUCCUUAUAUAUCAUUAGGCACAGCUAUGUAGACAUUUGUUACGUCUUUGAGGUACUAAGUGAACUCUUUAGGUCUAAAGGUGCACUUUUAUUUAAAGGGUUACAUAUUUUGAAAAUUUUUUCCUGACAGUGUAGUGUAUAUUUGAUUUAUAAAUAUAUAUUAAGAUACUGUAGAUUCAGGCUGUAUAUUUAAACUGUAUAUUAACAACAAACUGAAGAGUAAUCUUCCUGAGAGUUUGGAAGAAACAGCCGUCAUCCAGAAAGGAUACAAAAUGAAAACGCAAAAUAUCACUAAUUUCAUGAUUCCUAAGCACAGAUAUUCUAAAGAUAAAAAUCUUUAGUCUCAAAGUAGCUGCACACUUAUAGACAAACUGUUAUAUUUUAUUAAUCAUUCAUGUCCAUGCAGUGCACAAUCUGAUAAAUAAUAAAUGCCUUCCUUACCAAACACCAGUUCCAAUACUCUUCAGUGCUUUGUUGUUGUGUAGUAAAUACACAGUUAUAAUCUGUCUCUGUUGUCUUGACACGGUAACCUCCCGAUGACCUGAUAGCAUCAUGUAUGAAGAGACACUAAGCAUGUACAUUAGUCCCCGUUUGUCAGAGCCAUCAAUACAAUAACAAAUGAGAGCUUUGGGUUAUUAAAGGAGAAUCAGAGCACAGAACAUAGAUUUAUUUGCAACAUUUAAUCAUAACAUUAUUAUGUUUUACAGCUACAAAACGUAAUUAUACCCUUUAGUAACAAUAUAACAUUUAAAAGAUAUUUUAAGCUGCUAAUACAGUCCUACCCCUAAAUAUAAGAACGAUAAUUCAGCUUCUCUCUGUCAAGGUGUGCAUUCAAAUUUCAAAAGUACAUCGACUGAAAGCCGGCAAUUCCACAAUUCUGCGCUGUAAAAAACAAUUUGCUGUAAUUAUGCAGCUUGUUGCCAGUAACUUACUGUAGAAGAUAAAGACUGAAAAUCUUUCAUGUUCAUUUAACUUUGAACAAACUGUUGCCAGUAAAUAACAUAAAUGUAAAAUCUACAGUAAGUUUCUGUCACGGUGCGUUUGACAGAACCCAAGUGCAAGACAACGAAGUAUCAAAAAUAGGAAUUUAUUAUAACAGAAAACACAAAUAACAACCCACGAGGGGGCAAAGCAACAAAACCAGGAUAAUAAAUAUGAAAGAAAACACUAAACUGGGUAACAAGGAAACAAUAACUAGAUAAAACAGACAAAGAACUAACACUGAUCUAACAAGGCAUGGAACAAGGACUGGAUUCACACAUGAAACGGCAAUGAACAGGCACAGACUAACAAACACAAGGACCUUAAAUAGGGGAGAACUAAUGAAGACAACAGGUGACAUGGAUUAAACAAUGAGGGUGACAAGGGAGCGAGGUAAAAGUGACAAGACACUGGGAACACGUGGUCCAGUAAAACCAAUACUCAGACCACGUGAUCCCACACAGAACAUGGGCAUGUCAUGAUUCUGCCACAAGACUAGAUUAACACAGGAUAACCUGGCAGAACCAUGACAGUUACUGGCAGUUAGUUGCCAGUAAUACUGUAAUUUCUACAGAAAUUUUUUACAGUGUGUGAAGUAGCAGCGUUUGACGUAAAGCUUCUUGAGGUGCAAUAUUUGAAUUAAAAUUCAUAACGAAUGUGAUAUUUGACGUUGACAGUUGCUAAUGAGAACUGGGAUGAAGAUCAGUGAAGGACUGAAUUUGGAUCUGUUCCUUUGGAUCGUACGAAAUUUAAAGAUGUGAAUUACAGUGAAUGAAUAAAAUUAACAUCUUUUGUGAAUUUAUGUUGGGGUUUGGUGUAAUUAUUGUUGCAUAGGAGACGAUUGCAAGAAAACACCUUUUGUGUGUCAUGGCAAACAAACUUAAUAAUACAAAAUGGUUGAAUGUUUACAUACAUGCUAUUUAUUUUAAGGCUUUAAAGUGUAGUCUUGUUUAAUAUUGUGUAAUUCUCUGAAAGUCAUGAACAUUUCAUAAACUGUCUUAAAUAAGUCAGACAAUAGGACUUGAAAACAUGUCAUUAAUAUGAGUAAGAAGCGCCAAUGCCCGAGCUGUUAAUAAAUAAUGUAUUAGUCCUGUAAACUGUCCUUUCAGUGUGUUUUAAAACAUAAAUGUACGUUGGUAUAACCACACUUUGCGUAAAAAUACACGUGUAUCCUCAUGAGAUCACGCUGUAAAGACACAAUAGUAGAGGUGUUUCAAUGUUAAACCGUCUUGAAGGAACUUGCCAUUUUUGCUUGCUGUAAAAAAAACCAAUAGGCUUACAUUCAGCUCGUUUACAUGCGAUUAUUUCCAAUAAUGCGAGGAAGGACUUACCCAGCUAGAAAUAAAAAGUUCUAAGAACGUUCCCUGAAAGUUCCCGAAUGUUCCCAAAAACAUUCUGCCAACGUUAAAAGCGGCCAGUUUUUUUUUAAGUUCUAGGAACGUUUCUGU